GCGGUGACGUCAGCGCGGAGGCUGGACCAGCAUGGCGGCCGUCAUGAGGCUUGUAAACAGAGGAGCUUUAAACUCGGCCAUGGGGCAGCAGUACCUGUUGUUCAGCUCCGCAGCGAAGCUCCAGGCCGUUGGUGUCAGAGCGGGUCAAGCUCUACCAGAGAGGGUGAAAAUAGUGGAGGUGGGACCCAGAGAUGGUCUUCAAAAUGAGAAGAGCAUCGUGCCCACAGAGGCUAAAAUCAGUCUCAUUAACAUGCUGUCAGAGUCAGGACUGCAAGUCAUCGAGGCCACCAGCUUCGUGUCUCCAAAAUGGGUCCCGCAGAUGGCAGAUCAGAUGGAGGUGAUGAAGGGUAUAAGCAGGAAGCCGGGAGUGUCCUAUCCAGUCCUCACGCCAAAUCUCAAAGGAUUCCAGGCUGCUGUAAAGGCAGGAGCUGCUGAGGUAGCCAUAUUUGGUGCUGCAUCAGAGCAGUUCAGUAAGAAGAACAUAAACUGCUCAGUGGAUGAGAGUUUACAGCGCUUUGACGAAGUCAUGAAAGCUGCGAAGGAGGCUGGCGUGCCAGUUAGAGGUUAUGUGUCGUGCGUUGUCGGAUGCCCGUACGAAGGCAAGGUGGCACCAGAAAAAGUUGCACAUGUCGCUAAGCGUCUGUACUCCAUGGGCUGCUAUGAGAUCUCACUGGGUGACACCAUCGGAGUGGGAACGCCUGGCAGCAUGACUGAAAUGCUGGAGGCAGUGAGCAGAGAGGUGCCGGUCAGCGCCUUGGCCGUGCACUGCCACGACACCUACGGCCAGGCUCUGGCUAACAUCCUGGUAGCCUUACAGAUGGGGAUCAGUGUGGUGGACUCAUCAGUAGCCGGGCUCGGGGGCUGUCCCUACGCUCAGGGCGCUUCGGGGAACGUUGCAACUGAAGAUGUUGUUUACAUGCUAAAUGGACUCGGCAUUCAAACGGGUGUGGACCUCUCAAAGCUGAUGGAUGCAGGAGCUUUCAUCUGCCGAACCCUCAACAGGAAAACCAGCUCCAAAGUCGCCCAGGCCACCUGCAAGCUGUAGAGACAGUCCAGACUCUGGUCUCCGUCACAGCCUGUGAGAUAACUCAGAGCCUCUGAAUGGUCACUUCUUCUUGUCAUAAGAACGAUGAGUUUGAUUUAUCGUCCGUCGUGGAUGAUACUGACUCUUCCUCUCACUGGAUUAUAACUUACACUACAUGAUAGCGUUGCUGGAACGGUGCCUUAUGUAAAAAUCACAGGAGUCAAGCUGUCGCCCAUUUUUAACGAUUUGCUUACAUUUCUUUGUGGGCAUUGGGUAAACCAAGCACACACAUAGUUUAUAGUAAUAAUUUAUCCAGUGUUAAUGUCUCGAGAGACUGGUAAAACAAAGCCGAGGUGUUGUUUUGAUUUCUAUCUGCAUGCAGUGAUCACCGUCUUUACAGGGACCCUGUAUUUACCAGAAGCAGAUGUGAAAUGGUACGGGCAUUGUGUGGGAGAAAGUGUGGAUGUGAAAGAAGUUUAAACACCUUAAUGUGUGUAGAAUCCAUUUGUUAGUUUCUUUUUAAUUUAGAGAUGGCCUUCUUCAUAUUUAACAUGUAUCGAGAGAUUUUUGCAUUGUGUAAAUAAAAUAUUUUCUGAAUGGAAAUUGUCAUUUU